AUGGGGCCUCCUCCUACUUUUCCUCCUCAGUCGACUUCGUUACCACCUACAUUUUUUAUGCCCCCACCUGGGCCUGUUCACAUUUCUGUAUCUUCAGUUGGCCCAAACUUUGGCUCUAACCUUAAUUUUAUUCGCACACCAAAUGUAACUUCUUCUCCCGAUUUUCAUAUUAGUCAACAAGGUAGCUCCUCAGCACUGCCUACUUCAUCGACUCCAGCUGCAUCUCCGGCAUCAAGCACACCUAGCAUAUCUAGGUCAAAUAUUGGAGUCUCUGGUACACCAACAUCACCAUCCAUUGGUAGUGCUACAUCAGCAGCUUCUCGGGGUCGAAGUGGUAAAGUGACUCCACAAUUUGAUACAUAUGGUAGCCUGAUUAUCGUUCCGGAUGAGAAAGAUGGGUUUUUCCCUUCAUUUGCUGCCGCGCAUAUGGUUAUAGAGUCUAUGAAGCCGCUUUACGAUGAUGCUUGGGGUAGAUGGAAAGACAUUCCAUAUGAUAUCAGAGAUAAAAUGUGGAAUCAGUUUAGGACUUUGUGUGUGUGGGAGCAACGAUAUGACAAUGAAAUAAAAUAUGUCUACGAGAAGAAAGCAAAAAAAUUGAUUCCAAGUUCAUUGUAUGAAGCUCGAGACAAGAAUAAGAAGCCUGGUUGGAUAAGAGAAGAUGUGUGGAUAAAAUUUUUAGCAAUAUGGGAUAGUGUUGAAUUUAAGGAGAAGAGCGAACGAGCAAAGGCAGCCCGAGCCUCUCAAAAGGGUGGCUCAUUGCACACCGGGGGAUCUAUGAGUUUUGCUGCGCAUCGACAGAGAUUGCAUGCUUUCCUUGGGAUCAUUAUUGCAACUGCAGAUGAAUACCUGAAUUUGAAGUGA